AGGGUGCCACAGGAUAUCAGCAUCCGCGUGGAGACAGCAUCCCCUGUAAAACAAAUAAAACUAAAAUCAGUGAAAGGCAUUACCAAAAGGUAUAAAAGGGGCUAGCACCCGCGCCGCGCCUCCGACUUGACGACAUGACGGCGAUAGCGCGAUUGGCCAUUCUAGCGUUGUGUGCGUGCGCACACGCACAGUACGCGGAGGAGCGCGCGCCGCGGUACAUUCCCUCGGAGUCCAAGACCACGCCCGCGCCGCCCGUCGCCAUCCUCAAGCAGAUCAACAGACACAACGAAGACGGCUCGUACACUUACGGCUACGAGUCUGGCGACGGCUCCUUCAAGAUCGAAACCAAACUGGCCAACGGAGAAGUCAAGGGCAAGUACGGCUACAGGGAUGACACUGGCAAGGUACGCGUGAUCGAGUACGGAGCCAACAAGUACGGCUUCCAGCCGGCGGGGGAGGGCAUCACCGUCGCACCCCCCACCCUCGUCGACGAGUCCACUCGGGAGGAGGGCCUGCGUCCGAGCAAGAACCAAGGCGGUCGCUCCCAAUACCGCGAGCCCGCGCCUCAGUCCAUAGACUACGACUACGAGGAGCCCGCGCCCGCCCCGCGCCCCGCACCGCGUCCGGCGCCCCGCCCUGCCCCCCAGCAGCAGUACAGGCCCGCGCCCCAGCCGCAGCAGCAGUACAGGCCGGCGCCGCAGCCGCAGCAACAAUACCGACCUGCCCCUCAACCGCAGCAGCAGUACAGACCACCGCAACAAUCGGCUGCACCUACUCCUCCUAGGCCAACCUUCUUCGCCGGCGCCGCGCCUUCCCCAUCAUCAGCCCCAGCGCCGUCCAGGGACAACUUCUUCAACCCAGAACCCCAACAACCCAGACAACAAUACAGACCUCAACAAGAGUUCAGACCAGCACCCCAACCUCAACAGUUCGCCCCCAAACAAACCCAGGCAGACUUCGGACAAGACUUCAACUCCGGUCCUCAGAGGUUCCCAUCAGCCAACCAGUUCCAGCAGCAGCCGCGUGGUCAAUCGUUCUCCAUGCUGGACCAGCUCCUCAAGGAGUACUCCUUACCCCAGGGUGGCUCAGCGCCCCUCCACGACAUUUCGUUCGGUUCCUUCUAGUGCGAUUAAUCGAUAAUUCGAAAGUUGUAAAUAUGUAGUUUAUAUUAAUUAAACAAUUCUUUUUUAAAUUAA